AUCUUUUUGUAACAUUUGGGAGUUACUUGUUACUAUGAGUAACCUCCACCAUCAUCACCAACAUUAAGAGUGUAAAAAGAUGUUACACCUCUUAAUUUGAAAUUCUUAAUGCUAUAGGAGUUAUGGUGUGUGUAGGAGUUACAUUUGAGUCCAUAACAUCUAUGGGGUUAUGAGUUUGAAUUUCAAAUGGUGAUGAUAUCCUAAACACUAUAUAAAGGAGUCUAAUGUGCUCAUUUGUGAGAAGAAGUUUUCUAUUAAGAAAGCACUUUGCUAGAAAACCCUAAAAGGCUUGAUAAUUCUCAAAGCUAUUUCCUAGAGAGUUCCCUUAGUGCUUAGAGAUAGGGGGAAAUAAGCUUUUGGACAAAGGUGUAAUACCUUGUUCAAGUCAUGGUGAUCCCCACUAAUCUACACUCAAGGUUGUGAGUGAGUGUUUAUAUAUAUAUUAUUCUCUUGUUAUAUAUAUACAUAUAUUAUAUUACAUGUGUUGUGUAUAUAUAUGUAUUGUAACAUAUAUUUAAUCAAUCUCUUAUUUUAGUCCUUGUAUUAUUUUACAAUAGAGUUGUAAUAAAUCUUGAUUUUUGGGGCAUGGCAAACCGGUUGGCCUGUAGGGUCAGUCAUCACCAUUGUUAUAAAAUCUCUAACAAACUCUACUUUCUUUUCUUUAUUAAACCUGAAUAGUACUUGAAGCUAACAUAACAAGUUUCUUAAACAAAAUACCACUACAAUAAAAAAUACAUAUAUAAUAAAUAGAAACGAGUACUAACCAUCAGAUCAUAAACUAGGCACAAAGGACGGCCACGAUUGUAAGCGGCACCAAUGACGUGUCCUAUAUUAUAUUAUAAAUAUCACUCCUUUCUCUUUCUUUCUAUUUCUUCUCUACCACUUCUCAAAGCCCAAAUUUCCCUCUACACACCCUCAUCACCAUGGCAAGCUUCAAUUCCCGGUACUACUUCUCCAAACGAGAAAUUGACGCACUUCUUUUUGUGUUACUUCUCUUAGCGGCGGCGUUAGCUAGCAUUGGAGCUCAGGCGCCACAACAUUCAGAAUACGAUCAUACAAGUACUGAUGAUGAUGACCAGAAGACAUUAUGGAAGUUGGAUGCAAGAACUUACCUGUAUUUCUUUCUUGCUUUCAUUGGCAUAUUCUCCGUACUUUUUUCGGUCAUGUACUCGCUCAUGAGUUUCUUCAACCCGUGGUCGUGGGUGGAGACCGGACGCGUAGGCGGUGGAGGUGGAGGAGGAGGCCGAGGACUCGAUGCAGCAAUUCUUGAGACGUUUCCCACAUUUGUGUAUUCGGAGGCGAGUAGGCUCGAGAUUGGAAAAGGUGAUCAACAGAAAUGUGCCGUGUGUUUCCUUGAAUUUGAAGACAAUGAAAGGUUGCGUUUAAUCCCCAAUUGCUACCACAUUUUCCACGCACAUUGUAUUGAUAAGUGGCUAAAAUCCAAGUCUACUUGCCCUGUUUGCCGAGCCAACCUCAACAACACACACAUUGGAUCUCAAAACGACGGCGUCGAAGAAAGACCCAACGGACAGGAACAAGAUCCAUCAAGAUUCACACGCGGAUAUCUCCAGCUAUCUCAGUACUACUCCACCGGUAGUGGUAGUACUGCUACUUAAUAUUUCUUGAUGAUUUUUUUCCUUUUCCUAUUUUAUAUGUAUAGAUUCAUCAUGGCUACUUACAAUCUUUGAUGUUUAAUCUAAUAUUUCUUUUGUCAUAUAAACAUAAUGAUUAACUUCGACGAGAAUAUUACAAGAUUCAGAUUUCAUC